UUAAGUGCAAAAGAUAACCUCAAAUGUGGCCCUUUUUAAUAAAUAACAUAACAUUAAAUUAAAUUUACAACAUCAGCAUGACUCUGUUUAUAUCAAGAAUAGCGUCAUUGUCAUUCCGUCAAGUAACUAAAACAGUUGCAUCAAAUAUACCAGAUAUACUACCGGCAAGAACUUAUUUCAUUCCAAAGAAAAAUGAUUUAUUUCGUAUUGGACAGCAGCUAUUUAGGAAUUAUUCCAAUGACAAUAUCCAACCGACGACUAUGGCGAUGGAUAACACAAGCUUACCGUUAAAAAAGAAAACGGUUCACAAAAAAGCUGUACUUGAAGAUUUGAAAAAGAAAGAGGGACAUUACUUAACUUUAGCUUAUGCUACAGCUUAUUCGUAUGAUCUUAAGGCUCUGAGAGAAGGUUUGCUUCAGCAGAAGCUUUAUGAACCCGGAACGUUGAAAGCUCAAGAGAUAGGUGAUGUAGUUGUGGCGAAUGCAGUUUACACAAUCGGUGAUGAGCCCAGAGAGAUUAUAUUCUUCAGGGAAGGGGCCGUUGUGUUUUGGAAUUGCACGGAAUUGGAGGCUAAUAAUGUGCUGGAUUUCACUAGACAAUUUGAAGAGGAGAGCUACCCGAGAGAUGUGGUUAAAAAGGAGAGAGAAGUCAUGACAUACCAAUAUCAAAAUAAUGCGAAGCGGUGUUAUCUUCAAGAUCAAGAGUCAAGUUUCGUUUUGGUUCCAAAUAAUGACAAUUCCUUGGAAAGAUAUACUUUCAGCCACGCCAUGGCUCAGUCAGCUCGUCUUGGUGCUUGGGAGGCGCGGUUGGAGGCUCUAGCGGCCGAUGUCCGGUCACAUGCCACGGUCAUGGAGAAGGAGGGAGCCUCACACGUGGAGAAGAAGGAGGUGGUCCGUAAGUUAGGCGAACUGUUCAUUCUCCGACAUCGUCUGAACGUUGAAUCUGAUCUUCUUGAUACUCCUGACUUCUACUGGGAAGAAGAAAGACUGGAGCGACUGUACUCCAGCACCGUCGCCUACUUUACCAUACCGAGGCGGACCAGGGUGUUGAACGAACGGCUGUCUCACUGCGUAGAGCUACUGGAGCUACUGUCCUCCUGGGCGGCAGACCGGCACCACGUACGUCUGGAGUGGAUGGUCAUCGCUCUCAUCCUUGCUGAAGUCUGCUUCGAGCUGCUACACUGUUGCGAACGAUACUUCUUCGACCGGUAGCUACCGAAAAUGCCUGUCCGGACGGUAGUUCCUACUACCUCCGAGCAACAGAAAAUAAAUGUUGACUUAAUGAAAUCUUUGCUCCUUGACUAAAUUACUGGCUUAGGCCAAACUAGUUACAAUCAUUACCUAUCCUACCACUGGCAUUUCUGUUACUACUACUGAUAUUGCUACAGUGUCUCUGCUACUAUAACUUACUAUAUGUGUACAGUGUGAUAUAAUUUGAGGUAUGGUUUUAAUAUGAAUUUCUGAUAAUCUCAGCACCCUUUUCUAAAAAUAAUCUCCUUGUCAUAAAUAAACAUAUUAAAAUAAGGUUAAAUAUUUAAUUACAGUGCACAUUUAUACUUAUUAAGUUUUUUCUUGUAUUGUGAGCAUUUAUAUCUUACUUCUAAGUAAAAAAAUAUUUUAUACAUGUAUUGUAACUUUAAUCAUUUAACAGUUUAGUGAAGUAACUAAUUUUUUUUUUUGUUAUUUUUGUUAUGUCUGAGAAUAUUAAAAAAAGUCAUUGUUAUAUUCAUUUGGGGUUGACGUAAAUAAUUUGAAAAUUUUCAUUAGGCUGUAUAAGUUUUACGGCAUGUAAUAAAAAUAAAAAAAGUUAAAUUGACAGUACCUGUCAUCUUGGAAAUUGACUACCUACCAUGUACCUACCAUUGGAAUUUCAUAAUUAUGGAGAUUAGAGGCAAGGAGAACCAUCUUGCAUGUAAAAUAAGUAAAAUCUCCGAUAGCGCUGCCGUAAAAGACAUAAGUUAUUAUUAAAUACUUAAAUUGCGUUAAAAUUCCAAUAUAAUAUUGGUAUAUAAAACUAUAAGAACAAAUUGUUGAAAUCUGUUAGUAAAUAAGUUUGUUAAUUUAUGGAAAAUAAAAAGUUGUUAUAUUUAA